GCGAGAGAUUCAAAUGUCCAAGUAUUCUACAAAAGAUAUGAUGCAAAGUCAACAUUUUAAUUCAGUUGUUGCGUCAAAUAUGUGAGGAAAAUAUAGUUUUAUUCUGUUUAAGGUUAUUAAACCAAAAUUAUACCUGUAAGUUUUCCUGAGUACAUUUAAUAAGAAUACUGUUGUAUUUUACGUAUAUAAUUUUGUUGCAGACAAAACUGGAACUGGUCAAUUUUGUAUCUGCUACUAAAGAUCAUCUUCAACUUUCAUCAUCAUCACUGGCUGUAUCUGUUAUGUGGAAUAAUUUUAGUGAUAGAGAAAUAUUAUCAAUCAAUCCACAGCUUCUAAUUAUUGUUUAUGAUGGGGAAUUAAAUUUAAAAUUAAAAGUUAUAUUUGAAUCACAUGCAUGGGAAGUAUUCAAAAGAUCCAACUUAUUUUUGGAUAUCGAUCAGUUUAAUGAGAUAAUUUAUAGCAAGCGUUCUAAUCAGUCUUAUAUGAAUAUUUCAGUAUCCGUUUUCCCAUUUAUUCCAAACGCCAUGGCGUAUAAAUUUCUAAUUUGGAUUUUGUUGUAUGGAUUUGCUGUGACUAGCAUCUCAUUGGGCGCAUGGAUAAUUAUUGUUAACCAUGAAAAACUGUUACUAGAUUACUCUAGACAUCAAAGUUUGCUACCAAAGUUCAAAUCUUCUUUGUAUUUAUAUAUUAUCGUGUGUUUGGUAAUUUCUGUUACACUCUUGUUGCUAACUUACUUCCUGUAUGAUGUAGUAGUAUAUCUCCUAAUAGCACUGUUUGUACUGGUAGGCGCAAGUUCAAUUUCGACAUUCCUUACAUUUGUUAUCCAACGUAUUGCUCCUGCAACAACCAAAACGAUAACAAUUAAUGUAAAAUGUUGUCGAGUUAUUAGUCCCGGAAAAAUAUAUAUUCUUUCUCUAGUUACUUUCCCAAUCGGUUUGGCCAUAGCUACAACGUGGUUGGUAUUUCGUAAUAAUGACAUAAUUGGUUGGCCUUUGCAAUCUGUUAUCGGGAUGUUUAUAGUGGCAGUGAUUAUUUCAUCUGGGUUGAUUAUACCAUCAGUCAAGGUUGGUACACUUUUGUUUACUGCAUUUCUGAUCUAUGAUAUAUUCUUCGUAUUUAUUACUCCCCUAUUCAUAUCAACUGCAUCAACUAAUGUUAGUCAUUCCUCUGAGCAUAUCCAACUUACUAGAACACGACGUUCAACUGCUCAUAGUUUUAUGGAAGCCGUAGCAACUGGUUCAGCCGGUAAAAGUGGAGAACUGAUACCGUUAUCAUUUCGUCUACUUAUCAAUGAACAUAUAGAAGUAAAUAAACACAAUACCGCGACCAUGCCAUAUACUUCUCUUCUAGGAUUCGGUGAUGCUGUUAUUCCCGGAAUAUUUAUUCAAUUCCUGGCAUUCUAUGAUGCAUGUUGGCGUAUUCCGUACUAUCGACACUUUUUAGGUGGAAUUUUAGGUUACUCACUUGGUUUCAUAGUUACCAUCAUUAUGUUAAAUGUUACUAAUGUCAGUCAACCAGCUUUAUUGUAUCUAUGUCCAUUUACUCUUCUUGUAACCUUCAUUGUUGUCAUCGUUUGUGAUGGUCUAAAUGAAUGGAAACUAAUGUGGUCAGGCAGUUUGCCUACAUUGGUCGAUAAUACAAAUAUGAAUCCGACUGGCGAUAGCGACCGGGUUAAUCAACCAACUGGUUCUUUAGAAGUGAAUAAUCUAUAUUCAAUUGAAAAUAAAUCGCUUAACCAUUCAAAAACUCCACUAGUCCCUGAGCAAUAAUAAUAAAACUCAUUGAUAUAGUAUUGCUUAUAUCAAAAGAAAAAGAAAAGGAACGUACUGUGGCUUUUAUUUCUUUCUUAUCUUUGUAAAUGCUUAUUUUCGUGAUGACUUUGUGAUUACAUCUGCAUUUUUAUUUGUAUUUGUGUAUGUGCGUUUCAGACCUUUUAUUCGUAAUGCUAUAAAUGAUAAUAAUCACCAUAUCCUAGAAACUAGUUGAUUCAUUUGUUAAGAUGUUGUGUAAUUUUGAUAUUUUGUUUACCAGAGUAGCAGCUUCUGAUUCUAGAUAUGGAAGCAAACAAUGUGGUUCCCGUGGUAAUCUGUUCGUUGGGUAACUGAUUGAGGUUUCAUAGCAGAAGCGGCACUGUUCACUCUCGUUUCUUUUCAAUGUCGUUUGUUUCGUAUAUUUACUCGUAGCGUUAUUAUGCAGUACUACAUUGUUGUCCUGAAUUCAUAAAUCUCAAACUUCGGGACUAGUUCUAAUGAUGAAAACUGUAAUCACUACUAUUCUCGUUCUUGAUUCUGU